AUGGGUCAGCUUGUUAGUCAAUGUUCUGGUCGUCAACGAAGAUUAAUAGCAGUGAACGAAGAACAACAACUAUGUGUUCAUGUCUCAGACGAACCCGUGCCGGAAAAUACAUUGUCUUUGGCAGAUUUACCAUUAGAAUUACUUCUGUAUCAUAUUCUUCCACAUGUGACAUACAUUGAUUUAUGCUCACUUUCACGAGUGAAUCAAACGUUCAAAUCAUUGAUUGACAAUAAUGAUAAAUUAUGGGAAAAUGCAAUGCGAACUGAAAUGUUAGAUGAAUUGCUACUGGAUCUCAACGAUGAGAAACAGUCGCUACGAGACACUACGCCUCUUUUUCGGAAUUCCAAAGACAAGUUUCAAUAUUUGCACGCACAACGUCGCAAACGUUCGUGGGUAACAGCUAGCAAAAUCUUCGGAUGUGGUUCGAGAUGUACGUUUUGUGAGACUUUAUUUUUUAAAUAUAUCACCAUUCGAUCGAAGAUCAAAACCAUGCGACCAUUGAAACGCAAUCACAGACUAUAUAUUUAUUUCUCGCACGGCGAGCUUGUAGAUAAUCUUCGUCAUAAUAUGUUGGAUGUUCAAAGUCAGUUACUUGUCGCGGGUCCCGUUGAAUACUUCUCUAUGUAUCCGAGUCAAACUCGAUGCUUGAAAUGUAAAUCAAAAUGUCAUUUUUCCGUUGAUUUACCACAACAACCACGUCCGUACAAUUGGUUCGUUAGUUACCUAUCAAAAAGAUCGCAUAGUGAACGAAUCGAUGUCCUGGAAGUUUACUGUCCCAGAUGUGAACGAUAUUCAUUAUGGAAGAGAAAAACCUACGGCGUAGGUGCCGUAUUCAAACCUCCUAAACUAUAUGGAAAGUAA